AUGGGUGCAGUUCAGAGCUUCAGGGAGAUGUGCGACCGUCCAAAAAACACUAACGUCCGCCUCAGUCUUCCAGCGGUUUGCUUCGUGUGGCAGACGGCCAUGAUCAUCUUGUUUGGAGUUUUUAUUCGAUACAACGAGGAAGCAGACGCACACUGGGUAGAGUACAAAAAAGAGAAAAAUAUAGCAAGUGACAUUGAGAAUGACUUCUACUUCAGAUAUCCAAGUUUCCAAGAUGUGCAUGUGAUGAUCUUUGUUGGAUUCGGCUUCCUGAUGACGUUUCUGAAGCGCUACAGCUUCGGUGCAGUCGGUUUUAACUUCCUCAUUGCUGCCUUCGGUCUCCAGUGGGCGCUGUUGAUGCAGGGCUGGUUCCACUCUCUGGAUUACACCGAUGGGAAAAUCAAAAUUGGAGUUGAGAGCCUCAUCAAUGCAGAUUUCUGCGUGGCCGGCUGCUUAAUUGCCUACGGGGCAGUGCUGGGUAAAGUCAGUCCAGUCCAGCUGAUGGUUUUGACGUUGUUUGGGAUCACACUGUUCGCUGUGGAGGAAUAUAUCAUCCUGGAUCUCAUACAUGCCCGAGACGCUGGAGGCUCCAUGGUGAUCCACACGUUCGGAGGAUAUUACGGUCUCUCCAUAUCAUGGAUGCUCUACCGGCCGAACCUGGACCAGAGCAGCCGUCUGCAGGGCUCGGUCUACCACUCAGACGUCUUUGCUAUGAUUGGCACCCUCUUCUUGUGGAUGUUUUGGCCCAGCUUCAACUCAGCUAUCACGGAUCACGGGGACGGGCAGCACAGAGCCGCCAUCAACACCUACCUGGCUUUGGCCUCCACCGUGCUCACCACUGUGGCUAUUUCCAGCCUCUUCCAGAAGCACGGGAAACUAGACAUGGUUCACAUCCAGAACUCCACACUUGCUGGAGGCGUUGCAGUAGGAACAGCAGCAGAGUUCAUGCUGAUGCCCUACGGCUCUCUUAUCGUUGGGUUCUGCUGCGGUAUCAUCUCCACGCUGGGAUAUAUCUACCUCACGCCGUUCAUGGAGAAAUACCUGAAGAUCCAGGACACGUGUGGAAUCCACAACCUCCACGCGAUGCCAGGAGUCAUAGGCGGCAUCGUGGGGGCCAUUACCGCUGCAGCUGCAUCAGAGUCGGUUUAUGGAGCUGAAGGGCUGAUUAACACCUUUGACUUCGAGGGUGAAUAUAAAAACAUGGCUCCCACAAAGCAGGGCGGUCACCAGGCGGCAGGCCUCUGUGUGGCUAUCUGCUUCGGUGUAGGCGGAGGAAUCCUCGUCGGUUUUAUCUUAAGAUUACCCAUCUGGGGAGAUGCUGCAGAUGAUAACUGCUUUGAUGAUGAGCCCUACUGGGAGCUGCCAGAAGACGAGGAGAGCGUCCCACCGGUCCUGCAGUACAACAACCACGCGAUAAACAAAGACGUAGCGGAGUCAAAUUUCACCAUGGAACAGAACUGACUUUAGGCCUCCAUCUUCAUCAGCCUCCACCUUUAUCACACUCGUCUUCAAUUGUAAUGACUCAGCGCUGGACUAAAACUCCCCUCAAUCGUAACUUCUAUCCUUAUUUAAAACCACCUUUUGUAUUAUGUUUGCUUCAAAACAAUUUAAGUUGCACUUUCAGGAGCUUUAACACGCAGAACUUUCAAACGGGUUUUGCUCUCGGCUUCCUUUUGUUCGGCGUUUAUUUCCAGAGUCACGUCUCAUCCUUUGAAACAGAACCUAAAUGAACUUCUGUGUGUCUUCAUUGAGAAUUUUUACAAUGAGAGUUAUUUAUCCUGUGACUGAUUAUGGAUUUAAAAAAAAAUAAAAGCUGUGAGAUUUUUUUUUUAACUAAGUUAUGCUGUGAGAUAAUGAAUAUUUAGUAACACUUUACCUUAAUACACAAACACUGAAUAAAAGGUUUAGAAGACACUCAAGUGUAGCUCAUUUUAAGUGUUUUUAUAUCGUCAUUUAUUAUCUCCAAUUAUUGUUGCUUACAGUAGUUGUUGAUAAAUACACUUAUGAUAACUACAAUGUGUCACAAACCCCUCAACAAAUGCUUAAAUACUGCUGAUAAAUGCUAAACAUGAGGUUAAAGUAAAGUGUUAUGUGAUAUUUUUAUCCACAUUGUCGAUCUGCAAGCAAAAAGAUUUUGUCACCAGCUGAUCUUUGUAUAUUUAGACAUUGUACACAGCACAUUAUUUGUCAUACUAUUUUGAAAGGUUUAAUUGUAAUGUAAUUUUGAAAAUUAUUUGAGAAUUAUUAAUAAACUGUUGUAAUUACAUAAA